UACAUUCUGAAAGCGAAUGUAAAAUAUUUCAUAUUGCAACUCCAUUUGAGUACUCAUCUUCCUAAAGCAAACUUGGGUAGUAUCGAAUCAUUCGUUAUUUCUGUUACCACCUUACCAACUUUGCAAUUUACCAACUCUUACGUCAAAAAAUACUAUUUUCUUUCCGUCUUAGUUUCUAAGUUAAUAAGAAAGGAAAAAUUAGAAAAGGGAUCAUGGGAUUCUUCAAGAGUACCGCAUUAUCUACGAUUUCGAUUUUCGCUGGGUUAUGUGGAAUCAAUAAGUUUUGGAAUCUGCCGGAGCCUUUCCGAUUUCAAUUUCGUUAUUUUGCAUGCUACGCUUUUCUAGCAAUUAGUGCCGCUUACGGUGUUGUUGCUUCUGCCAUUGCUCGUUUGUGUGGACGACCAGUUCUAGGGCAAUAUCUCACUGCAAAAGCCUACUAUAAAUUGGCGAGCCCGAUUUUAGACGUACGCUUCCGAAUUGAAAAUGAAGAAAUUUUAAAAACGGUCAAGCCAGCUGUCAUUGUGACCAACCAUCAGUCCGAACUAGAUAUUUUGGUUAUUGGAAGUACUUUUCAACCAAAUUUCUCAGUAAUUUCUAAGAAGUCCCUGAAAUACAUUCCUUUACUAGGAUGGUUCAUGCUACUUUCUAAUGCUGUGUUUGUCGACCGAGCUAAACGUGCAGAUGCCAUUGCAGUUUUCACAGAAGCAGCUCAACGAAUGAAGAGGGAGAAGCUUAAUAUUUGGGUUUUUGCUGAAGGGACUCGUACUUAUGCGAAAGAGCCACUUCUCUUACCGUUAAAAAAGGGCGCUUUUCAUCUAGCCCUUCAAGCUCAAGCUCCUAUCAUUCCUGUAGCAGUACAGAACUAUUCUCAUAUCUUUCAUCCUCCCACCAAGGUUUUCAAUCGUGGCGAAGCACUUGUGAAAGUUUUGGAUCCCAUAUCUACAGAAGGUAAAACAGUCGGGGAUCUGAAUUCUUUGUUGAAUGAAGCACAAGACAAAUUAAAAACUGCUAUGGUUGACAUCGAUGGCUAUGGAAAAGAAGAUCCAAAAAAAAAGUAAAUGUAAACAUAUUAAGACCAGUUCCACAUUUUGCUUGCUUGCUUCAUUCAUUAAACAUCGUUUUGUUUGGAUGAAUCAAUUUUACAUGUCUACACGAAAUUUCAACGAGCUUAUAUAUAGUAAAUAGAAUUAUAUUUUAAUUCGUUUCACCCUAAAAGUGAAAAAAGUCCGU